CCCAGGGCGCCCGCUCCUCGGCGCAGCAUGUUCCAGCCGGCGCCCAAGCGCUGCUUCACCAUCGAAUCGCUGGUGGCCAAGGACAGUCCCCUGCCCGCCUCGCGCUCCGAGGACCCCAUCCGUCCCGCGGCACUCAGCUACGCUAACUCCAGCCCCAUAAAUCCGUUCCUCAACGGCUUCCACUCGGCCGCAGCCGCCGCCGCCGGUAGGGGCGUCUACUCCAACCCGGACUUGGUGUUCGCCGAGGCGGUCUCGCACCCGCCCAACCCCGCCGUGCCAGUGCACCCGGUGCCGCCGCCGCACGCCCUGGCCGCCCACCCCCUACCCUCCUCGCACUCGCCACACCCCCUCUUCGCCUCGCAGCAGCGGGAUCCGUCCACCUUCUACCCCUGGCUCAUCCACCGCUACCGAUAUCUGGGUCAUCGCUUCCAAGGGAACGACACUAGCCCCGAGAGUUUCCUUUUGCACAACGCGCUGGCCCGAAAGCCCAAGCGGAUCCGAACCGCCUUCUCCCCGUCCCAGCUUCUAAGACUGGAACACGCCUUUGAGAAGAAUCACUACGUGGUGGGCGCCGAAAGGAAGCAGUUGGCACACAGCCUCAGCCUCACGGAAACUCAGGUAAAAGUAUGGUUUCAGAACCGAAGAACAAAGUUCAAAAGGCAGAAGCUGGAGGAAGAAGGCUCAGAUUCGCAACAAAAGAAAAAAGGGACGCACCAUAUUAACCGGUGGAGAAUCGCCACCAAGCAGGCGAGUCCGGAGGAAAUAGACGUGACCUCAGAUGAUUAAAAACACAAACCUAACCCCACAGAAACAGACAACAUGGAGCAAAAGAGAGACAGAGAGAGGUGGAGAAGGAAAAAAACCCUACAAAACAAAAACAAACCGCAUACACGUUCACCGAGAAAGGGAGAGGGAAUCGGAGGGAGCAGCAGCAUGCGGCGAAGACUUUGGACAGCGAGGGCACAGGGUCCCAACCAGAGGCCGUGCCAAGAUGGCAGAGGAUGGAGGCUCCUUCAUCAACAAGCGACCCUCGUCUAAAGAGGCAGCUGAGUGAGUGAGAGAGACAGAGAGAAGGAGAAAGAGGGAGGGAGAGAGAGAAAGAGAGGGUGAGAGAGAGAGCAAGAGCUGAACGUGCACUCUGACAAGGGGAGCUGUCAGUCAAACACCAAACCGGGAAGACAAGAUGAUUGGCAGGUAUUCCGUUUAUCACAGUCCACUUAAAAAAAUGAUAAUGAUGAUGAUAAAAAGCACGACCCAACCAGGCACAGGACUUUUUUUUUUUUUUUUUGCACUUCGCUGUGUUCCCCCUGAUCUUUAAAAAUAAUUAGUAAUAACAAAUGAAAAUUCAUGUCUAGCCCCAUCCCACAUCUGUUUCAAAACCUUGAAAUGCAUGUAGCAGUUGUUGGGCGAAUGGUGUUUAAAGACCGAAAUGAAUUGUAAUUUUCUUUUCGUUUUAAAGACAGGUUCUGUGUGCUUUUUAUUUUGAUUUUUUUUCCAAGAAAUGUGCAGUCUGUAAACAAUUUUUGAUACCUUCUGAUGUCAAAGUGAUUGUGCAAGCUAAAUGAAGUAGGCUCAGCGAUAGUGGUCCUCUUACAGAGAAACGGGGAGCAGGAUGACGGGGGGGCUGGGGGUGGUGGGGGAGGGUGCCCACAAAAAGAGUCAGGACUUGUACGGGGAAAAAAAAAAACCCCUAAAUUAAUUCUAUUUCUUGGACAUUCCCUUUCCUAACAUCCUGAGGCUUAAAACCCUGAUGCAAACUUCUCCUUUGAGUGGUUGGAGAAAUUGGCCGAGUUCAACCAUUCACUGCAAUUCCAAACUUUAAAUCUAUCUAUUGCAAAAACUGAAGGACUGUAGUUAGCGGGGAUGAUGUUAAGUGUGGCCAAGCACACGGCAGCAAGUUUUCAAGCACUGAGUUUCUAUUCCAAGAUCAUAGACUUACUAAAGAGAGUGACAAAUGCUUCCUUAAUGUCUUCUAUACCAGAAUGUAAAUAUUUUUGUGUUUUGUGUUAAUUUGUUAGAAUUCUAACACACUAUAUACUUCCAAGAAGUAUGUCAAUGUCAAUAUUUUGUCAAUAAAGAUUUAUCAAUAUGCCCUCAGAGUA